AUGGCAGGAGCUUCAUGCUCCCUGGCGGACGAUGAGCUCGUAACUCUCUUUGUCAAAUUGAUUCAAGCCAACAAAACCCAACUUGUGUUGGCAUUAUUACGAGUUGACCCUAAGGCCAUUUCUGUCAUCAAUUUCCCUUAUGUGAGUGGCUAUAGCUAUAUGACAGACAUCAUCUUCCCAGUCGUCUGCACUAUCUCAAAUGAAAAUUAUGCAAUGCUUGCUGCAUUGGUGGCUUAUGGAGCCAAGAUUGCUUUUGAUGAGGAUGUGACGGAGGCGCUGAACAUGAGGUUCGGCGGUAAGGACAGCAAGAGGAGUCUUCUGGAGUGGGUUCAAUUUGCCAUCCAGGAGGUAAAUUCUUCUCUUGAGAAGUUGGACUCACAGUCGGAGAAAAUAGAGGAGCUGAAGAAGGACGAGAAACUGUCACCGUGGAAAGCUUACUGUCUUGACCACUUGCAGAGCCUCAAACCGCGAAAGGAGAUCACGGAGCUCCAGAAGGAGCAGAAUGAGGAACAACGUCGCAUCUGGAAGAAUCUCAAAGUUUAUUUUACAGAUGUGGAACGGUUGCUAGUUUCCCGGAAUGCAAAGACAUACAAGGAGAUGUAUCCGAACGAUAUGGACGCACCCGACCUUCAGGGGUUUCUUUCUUUGUUGCCAGUGGCAGUCCCCCCUCCUCAGGCUCCUGGUAAAACCGAACCCAUCAAAUAUGAGCUCAUGUCUGAGCACAGUUGGAACGGCCGGGAAACCUGGUUCCUCAGCAUCAAGCAAACAAGUAUGAUGAACUCUUCGAAGCCUGCCUCCAGGAAGACAAUACAACAAUACAGCACUUAUGUGUACCAGCUGCUGAAGGCGAUGUCGGAAAGCCCGCCCUCCAAAUCACUGUGA